AUGGCUAACUCGACUGUGACAAAGUCCAUCAGCAUUCAGCCCUCAUUGUCAGGCUAUAUUUCCAAGAGCAUCGCCCUCUGCGGAACAGGCCUUAUCCGGAGCGCGAGGGCAGCAUUUGAUGUUGCAUCAAUGUACACGGACAAAGAUUCACAUGUGUAUUCACAAACUAUGCACUUCCUGCUCUUGAUCAAGGUCAUUGUGCUCUUCAAUGGAGACCAACAUGACGAGGCAAAUCUGCUCCUCAAAGAACUCACUACCGGAUGUCCCAAUGCUGAUACUCGCGCAUGUAAUAUCGUGGAGGCAUAUCUACGCAUUCAACUCGGACUCAAAGCCUUGGAUAGCGCACGUCACGACGAAGCCGCUGAUCAUUUCACUGCUGCUCUCAACUACAACGCUAUGCCAUCGAAAUCGGACAUUCAUGUAAUUUAUGAGGAUUUGGUGGUGCUCUUCGGCUGGGAUCUCAAAUCGUUGUGGCUCACUGCAUACAAGAAACGGUGUGAUGCACUCUUUCGGGCAGGUAAACUUCAAGAUGCCAUCGAAUCAUACCGAUGCAUGAUGGACAACAUCGACGAAACAACGAAAGUCAGCUGCCUUGAAUGGUCCAACGGCAAGUUUUCGAAAUUCGUGAUGUCGCGCAGGCUACAAUUCUCAUCCCCAUUUCACUCAGAUUGCACGAAAAAAUGCAGCGCACCCUUUCUUACAGAAGGAGAUACUGCCCUCGCUGCAGGCGAUUUUGACAGGGCUAUUGACCUCUACUCGACGGCUAUCGACCUUACUUCUCCAUCUGACACUGUCUUUGCAAAUCGUGGUCAGGCAAAGUUGGGAAAGAUGCUGUGGAUGGAAGCACUUCUCGAUGCGCAGAAGGUCAUCGAACUCAACCCUUCGUCUCAUAUUGGAUACAAGUUGAAGCACGCGGCGUUUCAUGGCGCCCAACGCUAUGAUGAGGCUAUUUCGGCCUUCGAAACGAUGCUUUCAAAAUUGGAUGAUGCUCCUGAUAAUGAGACACGAAAGUUGCGCCAGCAGUAUCUCAGUCCAUCUGAAGCGGACCAUGCUAUUCGAAAGGUCAUCGAUGCUCAACUCGACAAUGCUCCGCUGCGCGUGCUCGACACCACCACCGGUCUCUUAUGCGACCGAGAGGCGCAGAUACGCAUCUUCAAAUCGAGCAUAGAGUAUUUGAAGCUUUUAUCAUUGACAAUUACACAUCGAGACAUCCAAGCGAAGCGCAUUAAAGAAGUGGUGAUGCCAUACUUCCAAUACGUCAUGCUAUCGCACAGGUGGGAAGGCCAGGAGCCGCUGCUGCAGGAUGUCCAGGGCAAGGUGGUCUACAAUUUGGAUCCGGUUGGCGGCAUCAAGAAGUUGCAGUCCUUCUGCAAAACCGUUCGUGAUUUGGGGUAUCGCUGGGCAUGGAGCGAUACAUGCUGUAUUGACAAGAACAUCGAUGUUGAGCUCCAAGCAUCAGUCAAGUCCAUGUUCAUCUGGUAUCACCACUCCACGCUCACUAUCAUAUACCUCUCGGAUGUCCCGCCUUUGUCAAUGUCUGGUGCAUUGGCAAGGAGCGCUUGGAACACACGCGGGUGGACGGUUCAAGAAUUCCUCGCUCCCAAAGUCAUUCUCUUCUACCAAAAGGAUUGGACUCUUUAUCUCGGUGAUCGCACUCCCAACCACAAGGAAUCCGUCCCAAUCAUGCAGGAGUUAGAGGCUGCGACAGGCAUAGAUCGACAAGCCGUCGUGGCCUUCUGUCCCGGAAUGAGAGACGCCCGAGAGAAACUCCAGUGGGCGUCGACACGUAUUACCACAUUGCAAGAAGACAUCGCAUACUCGUUAUUCGGCGUCUUUGGCGUCCGCCUACAUGUUGAUUAUACCGAGAAGAAGCAGAACGCACUCGGGCGGCUCCUGCAGGAAAUCGUAGCUCAGUCUGGCGAUAUUACUGCCUUAGACUGGGUAGGAAAGUCAUCAGAGUUCAAUAGCUGUCUGCCCGCCGACAUCACUUCAUACAAAGCUCCACCAUGCAAACUGCCAUCUCUAUCCGAAGAAGAGAUUCAGUCAUCGGUCUCCUCGCUGCAAGGUGUUGUGGUUCUAGAGUCGGCUUCGAAAUUAUAUCAGACACUGGACUACCUGAGCGCUCCCCGUUUCGCACACCGCCGAUUGCAUCUGCCUUGUAUCGUAUUCCCGGUGACAGAAGCCAGGCGGAGACCAGGUCAAGACCAGGACACAUAUACGUAUGAACUCAAGUCAGACGGGCUGUGCAACCUGCAGAUCACCACAGAAGACAAGUUCACCCCGUUCUCGCCGGCAAGGCCGCCGCCUGCCUGGCAGACAAUCUUACUCGUUCGUCCAUGGAGUCGCGAUCUCCUCGGGCUGCAUGACACUGCAGACGAUACGCAAAGCGUGGACAAUUUAUCCGUGUCCGAAUCUUCGUCAUAUGAUUCACUUCCUGCGCGAACUGGCCCGAUUUAUUUGGAUUCUCACUCGCGAGCAUUGCGAUUGAUCGUUCGCCUUGGACAGCCUUUCGGUGCAUUUUUGCUAGCGCGGCAGCGCGACGGAGAAUUCAAGAGGAUUGCAUCGAAUCGUGAUAUCAUUGCACGGGUUAAGGACAUGGCUUCUAUUAGCUGCUUGAUGGACAUCAGGACACUAGAGGUACUGUAGCUGCAUGCACCAUGGGAAUCAUUUAUCAUGAAGCCACC